AUGGGGGGAAUAUCGGAUAACAUUCGUGGGUUUGCUUUGGCGAUCUCUUCAAGUAUAUUUAUCGGUUCUAGCUUCAUAAUAAAGAAAAUAGGCCUCAAAAGGGCCGGUGCUUCUGGAACUCGAGCAAGCAAUGGAGGCUACUCAUAUCUUAAGGAACCUUGGUGGUGGGCUGGGAUGAUUACAAGUUUUAUAGUGUAUACUUUUGUUGUUUUGGCUCUGGUCAUCAUUCUAAUUGUUAUAUAUGUGCCACGCAAUGGACACACACACAUGGUCGUGUACAUUGGAAUUUGUUCGCUUAUGGGUUCUCUUACGGUUAUGGGUGUGAAAGCUGUUGCAAUCGCUCUGAAGUUGUCACUGUCAGGAUCAAAUCAGUUUAUAUACUUUGAGACUUGGUUUUUCACUAUUUUGGUCGUCAUUUUUUGUGUCACGCAGCUGAUAUAUCUGAACAAGGCAUUGGACACAUUCAACACAGCAGUGGUUUCCCCAGUAUAUUACGUCAUGUUCACCACCCUUACUAUCUUAGCCAGCAUGAUAAUGUUUAAGGAAUGGGAUUCGCAAGACGCAUCUCAGAUUGUAACAGAAAUAUGCGGGUUUGUGACCAUCUUAAGUGGAACAUUUAUGCUGCAUAAGACCAAAGAUAUGGGAGGUUCUUCCACGUCAUCACCUUCCUACCAGAGGUCUCGAGAUUCAAGUCCUACAAAUGAAGCUCAACCAUGA